CUCUCGGCCUGGUGAAGACGGAGUGUGAGUCGUGCCUGUAACCAAUGGCCUCUUACAUCACUAACUCCUUAUCUCGACUUCACCUUUUCUCCACCAAAGCCUCCAUUUUUCUGCCAAACCCUAAUUCUAAUUUCAUCUUCAACACUAAAUUCAAGAAUACCAAUUUCGCUCGCUUCUUCGUAUCUUCAUCCAUGGCUUCUGACCCUAAAGAAACAUCUUCCAACAAUCCCGGUCUUCACACUUCCCCUGAUGAAGCCACCAAGGGAUACUUCAUGCAACAGACGAUGUUUCGUAUUAAGGAUCCAAAAUCCAGUCUUGAUUUCUACUCUCGCGUCCUUGGCAUGUCAUUACUGAAGAGGUUGGAUUUCCCUGAAAUGAAAUUCAGCUUGUACUUCUUGGGGUAUGAGGAUCUUGCAUCUGCCCCAAGCAAUAAUGUGGAUCGUACUGUUUGGACAUUUGGUCGGAAGGCUACCCUAGAGCUUACACACAACUGGGGAACGGAGAGUGAUCCUGAAUUCAAAGGUUACCACAAUGGUAACUCGGAUCCUCGUGGCUUUGGACAUAUUGGCAUCACGGUUGAUGACACAUACAAGGCAUGCGAGAGAUUUGAACAGCUGGGAGUGGAAUUUGUAAAGAAACCAGAUGAUGGAAAAAUGAAAGGAAUAGCAUUUGUCAAAGAUCCUGAUGGUUAUUGGAUUGAGAUUUUUGACCUUAAGACAAUUGGAAAUCUAACUGCAGAAGCUUCUUGAUGGUGUAUCUGGUAGGUAGUAGUAGAGUUUAUGUUAUUACUUUUCAGUCUAUUGAUCAUCUUGUGUUUUCUUCGCAAUAUCUUGAAGAACUUUGUUUCUUGUUGUCUUUAUAUGUUAACUCAUUUGAUCCUAUUCAUAGAGGAGCAAAUUUUAUAAUAAAUCUAAUUAGAGCUCAAAACUUAGUAUGGUUCGAUAGAAAGACCUAUUAGCUUGUACUUUGGCUAUUAUUGCUUAAGAUGAUAGGAUCUAUUGCAUUACUUCAAUUUUAUGUAGUGUUAGUAUGUUGAAUAUUGGGUUUUAAUUCUUAAUGAGUUAAGUGUCUGAAAAUAAAUAAUAAACCAAAUGAAAAUAUGGAACUUGAUUCGAUCAAUGUGAAAAUAAUGUCGAAAAAGUUAUACUAUUUUAUCGUUAUAGUGAUGUAAUUUGAUUAUUUUCAAGGGUUUAUAUCUUUGGUACAAGUUAAGUCAUCGUAUUUAUAUAUUUUUUCUUUUGGGGUCCCAUUGUAAGUCUGUAACAUUUCCUCUAUCAUCAUAUUGUUUUGUAAGCAGGCCUUGCUGGUUAUAUUAGCCCUUUUGGUUUGACGUUUUGCUAUUAUUUGAGAAAAACAAAACAAAACAAAAUGUUUGUACAAAAAGAGCAGUCCUAGAUAUCAUAAAUGGCUAAUGUUUUUCCCAGGAACAGUCAUGAUACAUGUUUUUUUGUUGGUUUUCACAUUGAAAAGCCUAGGGAUAUAUCCUAAUUGGAAGUUGGCCACUGUGCUAAUCUAUCUAUACUAGUUUAAUUAUUGAUGUUUUUUGAUUUUGAUACAUUGCAGAGUCAGUCUGGCUUAUUAUGUCUUCACCAGAAGUUUCAUCAAUGGGUUUUCAUCGUAUGGACGACACGAUCAUAAAAAGAGGAUGUCUGUGUUUCUCUGUGUUUAUGUUUUUCAUGUCUGAAAAUAUCAUAUUACAUAUUACAAUUUGAACUCACCAAUUACUACAAAGUAACAAUUUUUAUUU